GUCCUUCUUGCGCGAGCCGCAGUGCGCCUGCGCCGGGCGGGCGCGGGUCGCGGGUGUCCGGGAGUCGGGGUCCGGGCUGCCAUGGUGCUGUGCCCGGUGCUGGGGAAGCUGCUGCAGAAGCGCGUGGUGCUGGCCAGCGCGUCCCCGCGCCGCCGGGAGAUCCUCAGCAACGCGGGUCUGAGGUUUGAGGUGGUUCCCUCCAGGUUUAAAGAGAAGCUGGACAAAGCCUCGUUCCCCACCCCGUACGCGUACGCCGUGGAGACCGCCAGGCAGAAGGCCCUGGAGGUGGCCAACAGGAUGCACCAGAAAGACCUCCGGACCCCGGACGUGGUCAUCGGGGCAGACACCAUCGUGACGGUGUCGGGGCUCAUUCUGGAGAAGCCGGUGGACAAGCAGGACGCCUACAGGAUGCUGUCCAGGCUGAACGGGAAGGAGCACAGCGUCUGCACGGGCGUGGCCAUCGUGCACUGCAGCAGCAAAGAGGGCCAGCUGGACACUGAGGUCUCCGAAUUCUACGAGGAAACGACGGUGAAGUUCUCGGACCUGUCGGAGGAGCUGCUCUGGGAAUACAUCCACAGCGGCGAGCCCAUGGACAAGGCCGGCGGCUACGGGAUCCAGGCGCUGGGCGGCAUGCUGGUGGAGUACAUCCAGGGGGACUUCCUGAACGUGGUGGGCUUCCCGCUGAACCACUUCUGCAAGAAGCUGGUGGAGCUGUACUACCCACCCCGCCGGGAAGACCUGCGGCGGGCCAGACAGGACUCCAUCCCGCCCGUGGACAGCUUCGAGAACCUGAGCGACGUGGAAGCCGGCCACUCAGAGCCCGCACACGGGGAGGCGGGCAGAGGCUGGGACGGGCCAGGGGCCGGUGGCGACCAGCAGGCAGGGAGCGCACCCAAGGCAGAUGGUUACAGGACGGCGGAGCCACCCCCGUUCCCAGCAGACCUUCUAGAACUUAUAGAUGGCUUCAAAGCAUCAAAGGCCCUGUUCACCGCGUGCAAACUGAAGCUGUUUGAUGUGUUGAAGGACGAGGUGCCCCAAAAGGCUGUGGACAUUGCCAGCAAAGUGGACGCCUCUGUGUGCGGGACCGAAAGGCUCCUGGACGUCUGUGCCACCCUGGGGCUCCUGGAGAAGUCGGAUCGAGGUUACCGUAACACAGAGUCAUCGAAUCUGUACCUGGUGUCGGACGGCGAACACUCCCUGCACGACUUCAUCAUGUACAACGACCAGCACACCUGGAAUCUCUUUACGCACCUGGAGUCGGCUGUUCGAGAGGGAACCAACCAAGGCCACGGGGCUUUGGGAAGGAAGGCGCAAGAUCUGUUCCAGGACGGCCCGCUCCAGAGCAAGGAGGACCAGCUGCGGUGCGUGGGGGCCACGCACGGCCUCGCCAAGCUGACCGCGCGCCCCGCGGCCACGGCCUUUGACCUGUCCCGAUUCUCCUCCGCCUGCGACCUGGGAGGCUGCACGGGCGCCCUGGCCCGAGAGCUGGCCCGCGAGUACCCGCGUCUGCAGGUGACCGUGUUCGACCUCCCGGACGUCAUCGAGCACGUCUCCCGUUUUCAACGCGACGGGCCGGAGACGGCGCGGGUCCGCUUCCUGGCGGGUGACUUCUUCAGGGACAGCCUGCCCAGGGCCGAGCUGUACGUCCUGUCCGGGGUCCUGCACGGCUGGCCGGACGACCGCGUCCACGCGCUGCUCCGCCGGGUCUCAGACGGCGCCGGGCCAGGGGCUGGCCUCUUGCUGGUGGAAGCCGUCCCGGACGCGGAGGACAGAGAGGCGCGGCCCGGCCUGGCUCGGUGUCUGGACGCACUGCUGCGGCCCCGGGGCAGGGAGAGGAGCCUGGCCCAGUACCGGCGCCUGCUGGAGCAGCACGGCUUUGGGGACGUGCAGGUGGCCCCCGCGGGGCACGGCCUGGCCGCGCUCUUGGGCACUAGAGUGGCCCCGUGAGACCGGACGGUGCCACUGUGCAGACUUUGUCCCCAGGCCGAGGGCGGCCCCAGACGCGGGUCUUCAGAGGCAGAGUUAAUACGAGUCGCUCGCAAAAAUAAAGCAAGCGAACACCCGGGCGUGUGUAGCUGCCUCGACCCUCUCCAAGAGCGUCCGAGUUGUCCUCCAUGCGGCUGCUCUGCACGUCCUGACCCCGGCCACCUCCUUCCCCUCUGGGGCCUGGGUGCCCCGUCCUGCCUGGCUUCGGAGAAGAACCGCCCUGGACCAGCCCAGGCUACACCUGAGGGCUUCAGCGUCUCCGACCCUGAGGGGGAAUCGAUGUUA